AUGAGUAUCGUUCCACCCAGCAUGUUUAGGUACAAUUUCGGCGGCGAGGCGCUGCCGGAGUAUGAGGCCAGUAGCCACGAAGCCACUUACUACGUGACUGUGAUCUUUAAGCCUAUCCAGGCUUCAUGGGAUAGUUGUGCUCUGAUGAAGUUCAUGGUGAAGCAAAUUGCGAACGGAAAGGCUUUUGUGACGGAGGAGCCUGUGCAGAAUAUCUCUCCGCUGUGCAUUUCUCUACCUGUUUAUGGGUUUGAUGAUGCAGCAGCUCCUCUGGUACUUGCUAGUGCGCUCUCUGUUGCACGGUCACGGUCACAGGAGAUUGAGGCCGGGUUCAUCGUGAUUGAUAAAGAUCGUCUCUUUCGCAGUGAUUAA